UCUAUCAAAUGAGUUUUGAUAUUAUUACUGGAAGUUCUAAUCCAUUCAGGUGCUUCUCCUGCUACUGGUCACUCUCUUAAAGCCCAAAAGCUCCAAGUGAGAUCAACAGAGCAACAUGUUUGCUUCUCCUCCCUGCUGGCAACAACAGCUUGCUUCCAAAGGAGAAAUCUGAAAGUCCUCAGAAAGUGAGCUAGCUGUGUGGGAUGGAACAUGAGGCUACCCAGCUAGAAAAGCAGCACGUGCACAGUGUGUAUGAAAAUACAGCUGCCUACUUUAGUGAUCUGCAGAGCAAAGCAUGGCCUCGUGUUCGGAACUUCCUGCUGGAACAAAAGCCUGGCAGUCUUGUUGUUGAUAUUGGCUGUGGAACUGGAAAGUAUCUCAGUGUCAACAGUCAAGUGUAUAAUCUCGGCUGUGAUUACUGUGAGGCACUGGUAGAGAUUGCAAGGAAGAAAGAUGAUGAAGUUCUGGUGUGCGACAACCUUAACCUUCCCUUUAGGGACCAGUGCUUCAAUGCAGUCAUUUCCAUUGGAGUGAUACAUCAUUUCUCAACUAAACAAAGAAGAAUCAAAGCAAUAAAGGAAAUGGCAAGGGUAUUGAUACCUGGAGGCCAGAUAAUGAUUUAUGUUUGGGCUAUGGAACAAAAGAAUCGUCACUUUGAGAAACAAGACGUAUUUGUUCCAUGGAAUAAGGCCUUGUGCUCACGCCAUUUUUCAGAAUCAAAUCAACCCGGAGAUAAGGGUGAGUUUGUGCAUACUGCAAAAGGCCAAGACAUACACCCUGCACAGCUCGUCAUCUCUGAGUGCAGCUACCAAACCAAUUUGCAUCCAGAAACUGAUUCAAAACAUUCCCACAGUAUGGGCCAUUGCUUACCCAGAGCGUGCUGCAUGAAAAUUUCUGAAGAAGAAAACAGGUUUUACAGUGCUCUGGGAAGAUCUUUCCGCUCAUGGUUUUUCUCCAGAUCCCUUGACGAAUCAGCCCUGAGAAAGCAAAGUGAUAAAAUGAAGCACCUGAAACAGGAAGGAGUAUGGGCAAACAGUACUGACCUGAAACAUGAAGGGGUAUGGGCAAACAGUACUGUACCCAUUCAGCAUUCGCGACACUGCAGUUUGGAUUUAGGUCCCCACAGGGCACUGUUAAAAGAACAAAGUUUAGAUGAUGAUGAUGUGUUCGUGGAAAACCUGUCUCUCAAAAAACCACAGUGGUCACCAGCCACAGAUGCACUGAAGGAUUUAAGUUUAAAUGGAGGACACCAAAAUGUAGCUCAGAGCAAGGAUGACAAAGCUUCAGUUAAAAAUGGCCCAGUGGAAGACAGGGAAUGCAGCUGUGGUUGUAAUAAAGAUGGUGCUGGUAGGUCUGAUGCCAAUAAGUUUUUCAAAAGAACUUCAACAACUGACUCCACUGACUCGGCUUUGGAUUCAGUAGUGUCUCUUGGGGACCAAACUGAUGCCAUGUUGGAUACAAAAGCCUUCAUGCGUUAUUACCAUGUUUUUCGGGAAGGGGAGCUGUGUUCUCUGAUAGAAGAGAACGUGCCUGAGCUUCAGAUACUUUCUUCCUGCUAUGACCAUGGAAACUGGUGCAUUAUUGCAGAAAGAAGAGGAACAUAGCUGUAAAGAGAACAAAGCAGAAUCCAGUGACUGAAGAUUUUAAGCUGCUCCUUGUUUUACUGUGAUUGUGCAGUGUGACAUGGAAUUCAAAUCUUGUAGUUGUGUACCAUUUAUUUCUGAUUUGUUAUUAUCUCUCUGACUAUUUAAAUAGUUAAUGCAAGGUCUGUAUAUAGGAAUAUAAGUGGUAAAAAGUAUUUAUGUUUUGUUAAACUUUUAUGAAAUUAAAACGGGAGAGUUUUAUAUUGCUUUUAUCAAAUAAUUGUGUUUUAAGAUAUACUUUUCUAUUGAGAAAUAAAACCUUUUUAUAAGACAAGGAUCAGGGCAUCUUUUAUGAGAAAUAUCCUCUCAGUAGAAAGUUUAGUCUUUGUUCUUUAAAUCUGAAAGUGUGUCACAUUGCUCCCUGUUCUUCAAGUCCUGUUAAUGAGACAUAGACACUAUGUCUAAAAUUGUACUUGGCUAUAUACUGGUAGAGUGCAUGCUGCAGAACUGGGGGCAAGCAUGGCCCCAGUGCUACUUAGUUGGGAGUAGAGUUGUUAAUGGGCAAAAACUAUGUACAAAACAAGCUCUGCAUAUUCUGUCAUUUGAGGUUUGUAUUUCAGAGCAAAUGACAGAACAGAUUUUGAACAGUAUUUCGGACUUUUAUUUUAAAAAUAAUUCAAUUUGUUUCUCAGGUUAAGUUUUAUGUGUUAGCUCUCACGAAUACUUAAUUUCCUUUGCUGUAGUUUUUCAUUAGUUACAUGUAUAUAGACGUCAGAGGGAUUUGUGAGAGUAUCAGUAUUAUGUAAAAGUUAUAAAAUAUCAAAUACUUGAGAUACAUAUAUCUUUUUGAUAAGCUUGGGAAGCUAAGAUAAAAGUAAUAAAAAAUCCAGUGCA